AUGAAAACAAGAGAUAGUUUCCCGGACAAGGAAACCAAGGACAGUUCCCCGGACAAGGAAACCAAGAACAGUUCCCUGGAAACGGAAGUCAAGAAUAGUUCCCUGGAAACCGAAGCCAAACGCAGUUCUCUUUUAAAGGAAACCAAGAACAGAUCCCCGGACAACGAAACCAAGGACAGUUCUCUAUACACGGAAGUCAAAGACAGUUCCCAAGAAACGGAAACCAAGGACAGUUCCCGAGACAAGAAAACCAAAAACAGUUCCCUCGACACGGAAGUCAAAUACACUUCCUUGAAAACGGAAACCAAGGACAGUUCUUUGGACAGAGAAACCAAGGGCGGUUCCCGGGUAAUGGCAACUAGAAACAGUUUCUUGGCAAUACGAGAGAGUAGCGCCAAAAUAAGUGCAGUUUGCUUCCGACUGGGAGAGGUCGGUUUUCGUAGAGCUCGUGAAAUUUCAUUGCCGAUUAUUCUGCAGUAG